AUGAGCACUAAAUAAAUAAUCGAAGUAGUUGGAUAGCUAUAAAAUAGCUAAUUGCUUAAAAAUUUAGAUACCAUCAUAGAAAAAUCAAAUGAUCUUAAAAAUCUGACUAUAAAAAUAUCUUAGACUUCUGAAAAGGGUGAAUUAUAUUUUUAAAAAAAUUUCUUGGAGCAAUAGGAACUUGAGUAGGCUUCGCAAAUAUAUUCUUUAAAAAAAAUUCUAGAGACAUCAAGCAGCUUAACGGGGUUGGAGUUUGAAGGAUAGGGAUAGCUUGCUAAUGAUUUUAUUUCUGAGCUUGGUAAAUGCAUACAAAGCCUAAAUACUAUUGAAAGACUGGCUUUAUCCUUGAAGGGUGAAUAAGUAAACACUAACAUACUCCAAUAUAUUAAUGAAGCAUUAAGAAAUAAAGAUAAACUUAAAACUCUAGAAAUUGGCUAUAAUUGUUUAAAUAAUUAUGAUGAUGAAGAAUAGAUGAGAUAAUUUGCUCAGUUUAAAGAAAAUAUACAGAAUUCUAAGUUCCUUUCAGAGCUCAAAUUAAAAAUAAAUGACUAAUCCAUCCCAAAAUAAGCUUUAGAGAUUUUAAUUGAUGUUAUUGCAAGUCAUUAAUCAAUUAAAAAAAUAGAAAUAGGCUUAAAUGAAGAGCUGAACGUCUUAUUUUUAGAUUAUAACAUUUACAAACCAUAAAAUGUUUAGCUCAAAAUUUUAAAUCAUAAGUUAAUAGAAAAAGGACUCACUCUAUCACCUAAUAACAUGUCAAAUAUAUAUCUAUAAAAUUUAACUGAAUUGUUUAAUAGAAAUUACUUUUUCAAAAACCUGGAGUAGUUGUAAAUUUAUUUCCCAAAAUAAUCUAUUAUCGAUCAAAAAGAAUCAAGCUUGGAUUAACUCUCAGAAUCAAUUUAAAGAUUUGAAAAGCUAAAAAUACUGAAUUUAAAAAUUGAAGAAAAUUUCUGCAAAAAUUUGACAUGGGUUGCCUACAUUUUUAAUAAUUUAUCAAGCAUGAAUUGCUUAGAAGAACUUAUCUUAAAUAUAAACUCAAAUAAUACAUUUAAUUAACUUGAGUUAAACGAACUCAUGUUUAAACUAUAACAAUUGUAAAAUAUGAAAGAUUUAAGCAUUUUCAUUAGAAAUUAAAAAUAAAACAUCACUUGUUUCUUUAAUUUACGCAAUCUUCCUAAUUUAAAUAGACUAAAUAUUGAAAAUGAAGAAAUUUAAAUUUGCCAUCACAAAAAUGCCACAAAGUUAAUAUUAAAGCAUGGAAAUAGUUGCUAAAAUUCAUAAAUUGAGUAAUUUAUCAAUUAAAAUGUAGAUUUGAAAAAUCUUCAAUUACAAUCCACAAAUUAGAAUUUUUUAAGCAUGAUUUAUCUCAAUGCAAUAACCAAUAAUGAAAUCAAAUAUCAAUUUGUAAACAUGAUAAAGAUUUCUAAAAGUCAAAGCUUUUUAUUCUAUAAUCUUGAUAUUACCCUAACAAGUGAAAUAAGUGAAAAUGGGAUUAAUGCACUUUGCUGGGGUAUUUUAAACAAUAUCCCUAAGCUAGAAAAUUUUAAAAUAGCUUUUUAAAGAGAAUUAUCAUUUCAAGAAAUCUUAUAUGUAACCCAGAUCUUCUAAGAAAAAAAAGAAAUACGCUCAAUUGAUCUUUAAUUUAAUAUUAAAGAUUAGUCUAGUCAUUAAGUAACAUAAAAUAUGAUUCAAGCUAUUUCUCAAAAUUAAGCAUUAAAAGAGUUUAAGUUAAUGAUAGAAGGAGCUAGUUCGUUUCUUUUUUUAACUUUGGUUAGUAAAUGCAAAAAUUUAUUAACAUUAUAUUUAAAUAAGAAUAAAAUAAUUCUUGAAAAAUAAGUAAAUCACUAAUUAUAAUAAUAAUAAGUUAUCUCCUUAGAAAUUUAACUAUUCUAAUUACUAAGCGCUAAAGAAACAAGUGUUUUAGCUAAUUAACUUUCCCAAUUUAAAGAUUUAGAAAGAUUAAAAAUAAUUGCAUAAAAUUUUAAAGGCAAUGAAACUGAUUUUAUUGAAAAUAUUUCUAAGUUAUAAAAUUUAAAAGAUUUAGAAUUAAAAUCUACAGAAUUAGAGAUUGAUGACUUCAUUUUUUAUUCUAUUUUAUCGCAACAUCCUUUCUUAACCCAAGAUUAGCUCAAAGUUAAAUCCAACUUUUAAAUAAAUUUCUAAAAAAUAGACAGUAACCUAGAAUUUUAUAUUAAGGAUACAAUAUAAAAUUUUAACCAAAAUUAAAACCUCAAGUUUUUGAUUUAAUAUUUCUCAAAUCUAAAGACCUUAAAACUAAAUAUAGAUUCCUAUAAUAACACAAGGGAUUUAGUAAGCAGCUUUAGUAAUUGUUUAAUAAGUAUUAAAGAAUUAAACACUCUUGAAAUUAAAACCAAAUAUUAAAUUGAUUAAUAAACAAUAUCAACCUUAUUAACAUAAGCCACUCACUUAAAUUAUUUAGAGUACUUCUAGUUUUAAUAUCUCAAUAAUGAAGGAAUAGAUAGAGGAAAUAUUAGAAACUUAAAUAAACUUAUAAAAUCGUUAAAAUAAAUUAAAAAAUUUAACUUAUUAAUUACUACAAAUACUGAGAUUUUUAAUUUUCAACUUAUUUCUAAUAAUAAAAAUGAACAAAAUGAAAAAUUAAUGAGUUUAUCGUGUGAGAUUAGUAUGAGCAGCAGAGAAAACUAGUAAAAUGCUUAUCAUGUUGUUGAAGAUGAUGAAGAUUUUAGCAUUUUCAAAGAUUUAAAUAUUACCUAUCUAAAUAUUAAUUUUAGAUAAAAAUCUAAGUCCUAGAUCUUUGAUUCCUUAUUUUCUUAUAACUGUUUUGAGGGUUUAGUUUUUCUUCAAGAUUUGAGUAUAAGCACCAAAGAAUACUCAUUAGAUUAUGAAUAAUUUUAGAAACUAACAAAAAAUAUUUCAUCACUUUAAAAUUUAUAAAAAUUAUAAUUGAAUUUUUUAAAUUUAAAUUGUUUUGGCUAAUAAAAUGUUUUUGAGAUUGGUGAGUCAAUAAGAAAAUCGAAAGAUCAUCUUCAAUUCAUAGAAUUAUAAAUAUAAAAUCAAAUAGAAUAUCAAAGCAUAGAAGAUUUAAUCUAAAAUAUUUAAGAUGCUAGUUAAUUAGAAGUACUUUCACUAAAUUUGAAUAUAUAAAACAUUAAUAUGGAGGAAUAAAAAAGUUGUUUUAGAAACUAAAACCUCAAGAAACUUCGCUCGUUUACUCUUUAAAUAGAAGGAUAAUGCUAGAAUAUGUGUUAAUUAAUCUAUCAGAUAAUCUCAUAUUGCGAACAACUAAGCUAAUUGGAAAUCUCUAUUGGUAAAAACUCAGGUAUUUUAUAAGAAGAUGUUAACUAUAUAAACAAAGCUAUGCUUACAAUUUCAAAUUUAGAAUCUUUGAUAAUAAAAAUUUAAUAAUAAGAAUAAUUAAUGGAUAUAUUUAUAUGCAACAUAUAACAGUAGCUUUAAUUAUAAAAUUUAGAAAUAGCUAUUGACUAAGAUAAUAUAAGCUACAAAACGAUACGAUGCCUAAUUUAACAAUUGAAAAAAUUAAAAAAUAUAAAGGAAUUUAAAUGCUUUAUUGAUCACCCAUAUUCUUUGGGAUUUCUAGAGCUCAUCAAAUAAAUACAAAAUGUUUAGAUAAGUCACUUAUGUAAAUUUAAAUAUUAACAAUUCGAAAUCUUUCAAGAAGAUAUAAGACAAAUUAUAAAUUUAGAAGAAAUCGAAGACAUUCUGAAGAGAUGCCCAAAUAAAUAAUUAAAAUGUGCUAUUUAAAGCUGUUAACCAGGUUGUAGAAAUAUAGAAGAGUAGGAAAAUAAUAAUAGCGUUAAAGAGCUCUAAGUUGAACUAAUAUCAUACAAAGAUAAAUCUAAGGAGUAUCAAAUUGAUGGAUUAACCUAUGCAAUAAAAUAAUUUGAAUCACUUUAGCAUAUUCACUUAAUAUUAUCAUAAAAUUUUGCAAUUAAUAAGUAUAAUGGUGAGUCUAUAAAAGAUAUGUUUAAAAAAUUAACUUUUCUUAUUGAAGUAAAAAUAAAUACCUUAAAAAUAAAUUAAGAAGGAUGUGAAUAAAUUGGCUAAGGAUUAUAAUAUCUAUAAUUUAUGAUCUCCUUUGAUAUAUAAAUUGGAGACGGUAAUAAAAUAGGAGAUGAAGGGGUCAAAAACUUACUUUAGAUAUUUAAAAGUUCUUCUUUACUUAGAUCUCUUAGUUUGAUAAUUGGUCAAGACAAUUCAAUAAAUGAAAUAGGAGUGUUACAUAUUUGUGAUGUUUUAGCAAAUCAAAAAUAAUAACUUACUGAACUAGUAUUAGAUAUCAAGUAAAAUAAUAAUAUUGGUAGAGGAGUUAAGUAUUUGAAAGAUACUUUAUGCAAAAUGUAAGAAUUGUAACAAUUAAAACUAGGUUUAGAUAUAAAUAAUGUUGGCUUUAAAAAUAAGUAUCGAAUUCUAGACUCAGUUAUAAAGUUACCAUAACUAAAAAAUUUAAGUAUAAAUAUUAUUGGAUUAGAUAAAUAAAAAAGAAAAGAAUUUAUUUCUAAUAUUAAACAAUUUAAAAUUUUAACUUAUUUUGAAUUUUAAACUUAAAUUUUUGAAAAAGAAUAAGAAGAAAGUGCUCUAUUGUAGAAAGGCAUAUAAAAUAAUUCCAUAUUGAAAAAAAUAAAAUAUUAAUUCAUAAAUUUAUAGUACCGCAUUUUACCAAUUAAAUUGAUAGAAGUAGACAGUCGCUUAUAAAAGUGA